AUGGCAGUCAUGAGAGCUCUUGUGUUUCUUUUCUUGGUCUUUUCUGUUGAGAAUGCAGCCGCUCAAGGGAAAUGCCCAAAUGAAUGGACACCUUUUGGUGUGCAAUGCUACAAAUUCUUCCCUCAGUCAGUGGACUGGGCCACUGCUGAGAAAAACUGUCAAUCUGUUGGUGCAAAUCUUGCAUCUGUGCGCAAUACAGUCGAAAGCAACUUUCUCCUGAGUCUUGUUCCUGCUGACACAAAAACUUGGAUUGGUGGCCAUGAUGCUGCAGUGGAGGAACAAUGGCUGUGGACUGAUGGAUCUCCAUUUGACUUUACCAACUGGUGCCCUGGACAACCUGACAAUAAAGGUGGUAACGAGCACUGCCUGGAAAUAAACUACAGAAAUGACCUUUGCUGGAACGAUCAGCCCUGUUCAAUCACAUUAAGCUACAUUUGUGCCAAAUCAAUGAGAUCAUGAAAAAAUCAAUCUGUUUGAAAAGUACUAUGAUUGUACUACAUGCCUAUAAUUUUUUUCUGAUCUUAUACAUAAAACCUAGUAUCUUACUGAACCUUUCUGAAAACUUCUCAAAUCAAUAAAAGCAUUUAUAAAGCAAAUUGUGUGCAUUGUUGUUGUUAAAAAAAAAAAUCAUCAUCAAAUAAAAUACAAUAUAAAACAAAACAACAAUAGAGUUCCAUUUAAAAUAACAAAAAGGGCUUUUUACAAUUGAAAUGGUUAACCAC